UAGCCAGUAGGUGGCCCUGCCUAGAGUCAGCGAAGUAGGAAGUUUUUUCUUCUUCUCCAGCAGCCACAUCACUUCCGAGAUCCAGAACAGCAACAAAAGACAGCUCAGGCUGUCUGGUGAAACUUCUGCCUACAUUUUGGUGAAUGAUUUAAGGGUUUAGCAUUUUGGCAGUCAACAGUCUCCAAAUGUUAUCUGGAGUGCCUAAAGGGGAGAACGUCAUGGUGGACAUGGACAGCAAAGCUGGAGAUUUGUUCAUCCCAGAUGAGGCCCAUCCAACCGGCACAGGGGGCAUCGGAGUCCUCUCAAGGCUCUGGCUUCCUAAAGGCAUCUCGGCCAGCAUGGCUAAGGAGUGGUUCGACAGGCGCAGGUUGUCCAUCCGACCGUGGGCCAGCUUUGUAGACCAGCGCAAAUUUUCAAAACCUCGCAACUUUGGAGAGUUGUGUCAGAGGGUGGUUAAAAAUGUGGAAGUUUACAACAGCAACUAUACCUUCAUAUUUCUGGGGCUCAUCCUCUACUGCAUUAUCAGCUCGCCCAUGCUGCUGAUUGCCUUAGCCGUGUAUGCUGGUGCCUUCUACGCCAUCCACCUUAAGUCUCUGGAGUCCAAACUGGUUGUUCUCGGCAGAGAACUGACAGUCCCACACCAGAUGAGUCUGGCUGGAGCCGUUUCUCUGCCCGUUUUCUGGUUGGCAGGAGCCGGAGCCGCUGUGUUUUGGGUUCUCGGAGCAACUCUGUUUGUGAUCGGCUCUCAUGCUGCGUUCCGAGAGUUGGAGGCGGCGGACCUGGAUGAGCUCCUCAUGGAGCCCGUCUAAAGAGCUGCUCCAUGAUCAGUCCUCGUUUUGACCCUUUGAGAAUCUCCUUGAAGAUUUUUUUAUAUCUAUACAUAUAUCCUUCUUCCUCAUGUUUACCUUAUGGCAUUGUAUUAAGAAUGCACCUUAUGUUGCAUGAUAAAUAACUGUUGUUACACAAAUGCAUAAAUAAUGAAUUUCUUAUUGCUUGAAGCACAUUAUUCGCCUUUAUCUGCAUAUAUUAAGCCUGCGAUGCCUCUGGUUUGUGUCAUGAAGCCUCUUGCUCUUUAGCGGAGCAUCUGCGCUGAAUUCCUAGCUGUGGGCAUCCUGCAAAGUAAAUUCUGACGGUACCAUCCAAACUGCUGGUAUCGACGCAUGUCCGAAGGUCAAGUGCCAUUUAGUUUUUUAAUUAGUUUUGAACAUUAUGUGGCUUCUCUUUUUAUUUAUUUGAUCAGCUCUGGUUCAGACAUUCUGGUGGGAAAGGUCACGAAAAGCACAUUUUAGAAAUUAAUUUGUAAAUUAUGCGUUCUGUGCUGAAACGUUGGAAGUGCAAUAAAUUCUGUUACUGUUA